ACGUUUCCAUUUCUGACAGACGGCACCAGCGGCCCUCGCUCGUGCGUCAACGGGAGCGGCAGCGGCAGCUACGGCUCGUCUACGGCGCCCAGUGGCGGCUCAGGCCGGCUGAAGUGCGUGGUGUGCAGGCGGGGCUUCAACUCGCGAAGCAACCUACGUUCGCACAUGCGCACACACACGCUGGAGAAGCCCUUCGCCUGCAAGUUCUGCGGCCGCUCUUUUAGCCAGUCCUCGACGCUGAGGAACCAUCUGCGGCUGCACACCGGUGAGCGACCGUACAAAUGCCUGGUGUGCCAGCGUGCCUACAGUCAGUUGGCCGGGCUGCGUGCUCACCAGCGUAGCGCUCGGCACAGGCCUCAGAGCGGCGCUCCUGCUGGCAGGGAGGCUGGAGACGAGGUGCGCGGUCGUGACGACGUCAGGUCCCGGAGAGUGCCUCAGCCCGAGGUGCCGACUCGAAAGGAACAAGCCCUGGCCUUGUGCCGACCCCAAGGACCCGCGACAGCAAACCCAUUGCAUAGCUCCCUGCUCUCUGUGUAGAGUUGCUGCAGAAGCUCCUUGGUGCCAGUGUU